GCGUAGAUAACUAUUCCACCAGUAGUUAUCGCUAAAUUAGCUACAUUAGAAUUACACUAUCUGCCGGACAUAGCUUGUCUCUUUUUAGAAGCUCGCCGUUGCUUUUGAGAAAGAUUAUAGUACUCUACCGACUGCAAAAACGAUGAAAUUUGCAAAAGCCACUGAAUGACUUUAGUUGACCAAAAAGUCGAGGUCGUAACGUAAAACGGUAGUGAUACUAUCGAUUUCCAACGGUUUCACUCCGGUGUUUGAUGACAUCUCUUGAAGGCAUACGAGAAUUAGUGGCUCUUGUACCCAAAAGAACAACACCGAACACAACCCGGUGGAAUUCAUGAAAGGAAUGGUGAUUCCAGGCUCUCCAUAUUUUCGAAAAAGAAACAAGGAUUUCAUUAUUGGACAGUUGAAUUGACAACACAAGAAUUGUGUACUAAAGGUCCAACGUCUUUCAAACACCAAUGGAAAAGCAUUUACGCUAUCUCGUUAGCAAGUGCUUGCCCUAAAUGUAAACCUUUAUAAUGGACAGGAAGAAUAGCGACCUACACACUGAACUCUUAAAAAAAAGACUUUACGAGAGCGUAGUGAACAGUUUCUUCACGGGCAACUCUGUCCCUCGCGUCGGAGAUGGAAUUCUUAAUGGUUAUCUAGCAGAAUUUGUCGCCAUUGGCAAUGUGAAUGGCUCUAAGUUCUUUAAGCCUCACCCGGUUCUACAAAUCUCUCCCCGUAAGUUUCAUAAAACACCAAAGGAUUAUACCGGGAUUUACAGUUACCAAGAUGCCUUGGAGGAUAUACCGGAAGAGCAGACGGAUUUCACGGACAUGCUGGGAUCCUGUCCUGACCACAAGAACGAGAUUCUGAAGUACUUCUGUGAAACGUGUGACGAACCUAUUUGUCUAGAUUGCACUAUGGUGGACCAUCGUAAGCACAGGUUUUCGUACCUCAGGGACGUCUAUCACAGACAACAACACAAUGUCGGCGCUUUGUUGACUCAAGGAAGGACGCAAAUUGAAUCGACAAGGAAAUGUCUCAACGAGGUGAAAACCAUGUUGAGUUGUUUACAAGACGAGAAGGAGGGAACUGAAAAAGCAAUUCAAGAACAUGCUCAAAAGCUUAUUAAAACUCUCGAACAUCAAGCUGAGGAGCUAAUGUUGGAACUACGCAACGCUUAUGAGAAAAAAGAAGUGACUCUACGAAAGGAAAAACAACAUUUAGAGUUGAUGUUAGAACAGCUGAAUGGAAGUUGUCAUUGCGCUGAGAAAGCUAUCAAAAUUGGAAACGAAUUAGAGAUUUUAGUGAUUCAAAAACAUCUUAAACGGAAGUUAAACGACGUCAAGAACACAAGAAAGGAUUUUAAUUCGGCGUCUUUUCAAAAAAUCUGUUACUUUACCAAAGAAGAUUCGUUGGGGGCUGUGAAAGAUGCAAUGGGAAGGGUCACUGUGUCUGAGACCUGCCCCGAUCUAUCGAUAGCAAAAGGGGAGGGCUUGGUACGCGGACAAAAGGGAUCUCCGACAUCAUUCAUGAUUACCGCAAAAACCUACAACAACGAACCUUGUAAGAGCGGUGGGGACCCUGUGUCAGUCAAAGUACAAACUCCAAAUAACGAUAUUAUUGAACCCAGAAUCCAAGAUGAAGGGACUGGAAACUACUCCGUGUCUUUCACGCCGAGUGAGAGUGGCAACCACCAAGUGGAUGUAGAAAUAAACAAGCAACCAAUCAGAGAUAGUCCGUUCAUAGUGAAAGUUUCUAAUCCUCGCGAUUAUUCUCAAAUUACACGACCGAGUCUAGUGUUUGGGAGCUUGGGGGAAAGCAAAGGCAAGCUGAAUCUACCUUUGGGUGUUGCAGUGAACAACGGUAGUAUCUUGAUUGCUGAUUGUCAUAAUCAUAGAAUUCAAAUCUUUGACUCUGAAGGUCAUUUCUUGCGUUGUUUUGGAACAUUUGGAGACAAAGCAGGACAACUGAAUAAUCCAAGUGACGUCGCUGUGGAUAAUGAAGGAAUAAUUGUGGUAUGUGACAAAGACAAUCAUAGAAUACAACGCUUUAACAAAGACGGAAUCUUCCUGUCCAAGUUCGGAGGUCUUGGAGAGAAACCAGGCAGGUUUAAACGUCCGUGGGGAGUGACUGUGAACGAAGACAAUGAAAUAGUCGUAACUGAUCGUAGGAACAACAGAAUUCAGGUUUUUGACAAGAAUGGUUCUCACCUGAAAACAAUUGGUUGCUAUGGACACGGAGAAGGUAACCUCAACCAGCCCUACUAUGCAGUUGUUAGCAGGACCGGGGAUAUCUACGUCACAGACUCUAAUAAUCAUCGUGUACAAGUGUUUGACGUCAAUGGUAAUUAUCUGAGGGAGUUUGGGAACGACUCAACCUCGGACUCUCAGCUCAAAUACCCAACAGGCAUUGCGUUUGAUGAUGAAGGUCACGUGCUCGUUGGUGACCAAUACCAUCACAGAAUCCAAGUGUAUACUACUGAUGGUGCAUUGUUAGCCAGUUUGUCGUCUGGUUUGAAUGGUUUAGAUUGGAGUUGUUACCCAAAAGGACUUGCCGUAUCGCCUGAUGGUCGGGUUGUUGUUGUAGAUAGUGAUAACAAUAGAGUUAUUGUCUUGUAGCGGUCUUACACCUUACACAGGCAGCCUGUAUGUUAGUUUUGGGCCUCCUUUUGAAACAGGAAACCUUGACGGUAUAGCCGCCAAGAAUGCUGAGUUCAGUAAAGCAUAUUACAUAUAUAAAUUAUAUUGCCCAUUUUAUGGGAUAUAUUCUUAUAGCUAAUGUAUAUUAAAAUCCCUUGAAUCGUUUUAUAACGCUGCUGCCCGCGAGCAUUUCUUUUAGAUCGUGUUGUGUGACAACACAAAUUCGAGUAUUGCGUGACAGUCACAUAAUCAUUGGGUGUUGAGCCUCCUGUGUACACGUACUGCAAUCAAAGGGUAGAGUUGCCUGUCACGCAAUACUCAAUAAUUCAUUGAAUAAUCACAAGAAGUAUGACCGACAUAACAUUUUAUUUUACAUAUAUCUUAAUUUAAUUGUAUGAGGAAGUAGCUGAUCCCAUUAAAGAGUGCUCGAUACACAUAAAGUGUAUAUCUUAAUAUAUAUAUCUUAGUAUAUAUCUUAAUUUAUAAAUAACUAUCUAUCCAGGUAGGCGGACUAUGUUAUCAAACAACGUAUACAACGUAUACGCCAUUAAAAAAAUCAUUUAUCUUAA